AUGGGACUUAGGACGAUGGGAACCGACGCAGCCCCCCACCUGCCCACCCGGGGCUCCCAGGCUCCCAUCCGGCUGCGAGGUGGGGAGUCAAGCUCAGAGAUGGGGCGACUUUCCCAGCUGGGCCUGAAGGCCCAGAGGCCCUCACCCCAGGGAGACCCCAGCCCCAGGGAACCUCCAUCCCCAGAAACCUUCGCCGGACCCCCGGGACACCCCCGGGUCGGGGGUCAGGGUGGGAAAGCCCCUCGGGAAACCCCCGGGGAGCAGCUGGAGGAGGGGGCGGAGGAGCAGGGUCACCGGGCAGUGGGAAGGAGCCCGGGGCGCCACUACUUAAGCCGUGUCUCCCACAGGCCGCGGGACUGCAGGGACGACAUGGCGCAGGGCCUGGCCCUCCUGCUGGCCCUGUCCCUGGGUCUCCUGCAGCCCGGCCAUGGUCAGCCCCUCCAGCUGGAGCCCCCGGAGCCCGAGGUGGCCGUGGCCGUGGGCACGUCUCUGCAGUUCACCUGCAGCCUGGCCUGCGCAGGCCGCGGGGUUGCCUCGGUGCGGUGGCGCGGCCUGGACACCAGCCUUGGCGCGGUGCAGACGGGCGCGGGCAGCAGCGCGCUCACCGUCAGCGCGCUCACCGUGCACAAUGCCUCGCUGGCAGCCGCCGGGACCCGCGUGUGCGUGGGCUCCUGCGGGAACGUCACCUUCCAGCGGACCGUGCGGCUCCUGGUGUACGCCUUCCCGGACCAACUGACCGUGUCCCCGGCGGCCCUGGUGCCUGGGUGGGACCAGGAGGUGGCCUGCACCGCCCACAACGUCACGCCCGCAGGCCCUGAUGCCCUGUCCUUCUCCCUGCUCCUGUGGGGCCGGGAGCUGGAGGGGGUCCAGGUCCUGAGCCGGCAGGAAGACGAGGAGCCCCAAGAGGACGAGGACGUGCUGUACCGUGUGACGGAGCACUGGCUGCUGCCCCGCUUGGGGACACCUGCCCCACCCGCCCUCCACUGUCAGGCCACCAUGAGGCUGCCCCGCUUGGAGCUGACCCACCGCCGGGCCAUUCCCAUCCUGCCCAGGCAGACCUCCCCGGAGCCCCCUGUCACGACCUCCCCAGACCCACCCGUCACCACCUCCUCGGAGCCCCCUGUCACCACCUCCCUGGAGACCAGUCCCCAACAGGACACCACGCACGGCAUCAGGAGUCCCGGCUCCACCAGGACUUGCUGGCCUGAGAUCCACCAGGCUGGGCCCAUGUGGAGAGGAGUGGUCCCCAAAAGCACACCCAGCCCUGUGGCCGUCCAGCUGCCCGCAGCCCUGUGGGCGAGCAGCUUGGCUCUGGGGCUGCUCCUCCUGGUGUUCCUGGCCUAUCACCUGCGGAAACGCUGCCAGUCCAGGGCUGAGGACCGCACCCGCCCGCCAGCUCCCGAGGCUCCUAUCCUCGUGUCAGCCUGGGCCCGAUUAAGGGGGACGGGACGCAGCCCCUCCUGAAUGGCCUGCCUGCCUUUCCCGCCACUCAGUUGUGACCGGUGGACGUUUGCAGGGAUCUGGACAGCAUGAGGGCUGACCAUGGGCCCCUUGCCCUGGUGGUCAGCAUGUCCGAGUUCCCCAGCUGGCUGUCCCUCCUCUCAGUGGGGCUCCGGGGGGGCCCACCCCCCAAGGAUCCAGGGCUGGAAAAUAAAGAGCAUUUGGUCUGA